AUGUCGGACGACGUUACAGAAAGCUUUCGUUCAUCCCUCGAUGACUUGAAGAUGAACAGCAAGCCUCAGAUCAGUAUGCUGACGAUGUUGGCUGAAGACCACGAGCAGUACGCCAGUGAUAUCGUCAGGGUCAUCGAAGAGCAAAUCAAGAAGGUGCCAGUUUCAAGGAAGCUACCAAUUAUGUAUUUGAUUGACUCCAUAAUAAAGAACCUGUCUGGGACGAUGUACCCUCAACUGUUUGCUCAGUGCAUAGUGCCAGUAUUUUGUGGCGUGUUUGAAGAGGUUGACGAAAAGACGAGGCAGGCCAUGUAUAAACUCAGGCAGACGUGGCCGGACAUCAUCCCCAACAAGCAGCUGUACAUCCUUGACAGAAAAGUCCAGCUUAUAGACCCGGCCUGGCCAAUCACAGCAAAGGCUCCAGAACAUGGUGUCAUCCAUGUCAACCCCAAAUUUUUAAAGCCGAAGGAAAAAGAGGAGAGAAGCCCACAGUUCAGUCCUGUGCAUUCUGAUUCUUCAGUUGAUGAAUCCAUUCGGGAGGAGCUCUACGUUAAAGAGAAAGAGCUGCAAAAACUUCGAUUGGAAUUGGAACUGGCAGAAACAAAAGCCAAAUUAGAACAGCAGAAGAAACAGCUUGAGCAAGCAGCAGCACUCAAGGCCAGCAAAAACAUUAUCGACCGUGAACCACCGCCUGUAAUCAAACUCCCCCCUGUUGGUUCUUCACAGGCAACCACUGUGCCACCGACAAACAGAGACCCUAGAGUCAGCCGAGACCCUAGAGUGACCAGGGAUCCGAGGUUGAAGCGGCAACAGGAACGUCAAGAACAAGAAAGAUUAGAGCUGGAAAAGGUUGAAGCCGUUGUUGUUGCUGGACCCACGGCUGGAGUUCGAGUGCCACCUGUAGAAUCUGUGCCUUCUGCAUCGACAUCACCACGCAUGGAUUUGGCCACAUUGCUAAAUUCAUUCAGCAAUGCGGCGGCUAAGGUGGCUGCAGAACAGGCAAAGAAAAGAAACCCAUCUGUUGAGUCUGUCACAUCCAAAUCGGAGGCCCAGUCCCGUGGAAAGUCCCCAGAUGUUCACCCCCAUAGAUCUCCUGAGAGUGUUUCCCAUAGAAAAUCGCCGGAGACGCUUGUACAUAGAAGGUCCCCAGAAACUGUCUCCCAGAGAAAGUCACCAGAGGCUCACUUCCAUUCAAGAUCUGAGGCUGUCUCCCAGAGAAAGUCACCAGAGAUUGCCCUCCAAAGAAAAUCACCUGAUGCACAAGUGAAUGAUAAUGAAUGUUUUGAACAAGGAGUGGUCUGUGACAAAAAGGCAGUUACACAGAUAAAAACAGAGUCUUUAGCUAACAGCACUAAUACUCAGAUUCACAAAGUACAUGAACCAAAAAGUGUGUCUACCAAAACAAAAGAUAAAAAAUCUGAAGACUCUAAAGAUUCUAAAAGAGAUAAAAAAUGGAGCCCUCAUGGAAAAGAUAAAGAGAAGCAGAGUAACAGAGAAAAGGACAAAAGGGAUAGUAAGGACUCAAGUAGAAAGGAUAGCAAGGAUAGAGAUAAAAGAGACAGCAAAGAGAAAGAAAGGAAAGAAAAAGAGUCAGAACGUCCAAGAGACAGACGAGACAGCAGAGAAAGGAGAUCCGAAGUAAUUGCUAAUCGGCACGGUGAGAGAAGAGAGUACAGACACCCAGCACCAGAGUUCAAGCGGGGCUCCUACAGGGAUACACGAGAGAACCGAAACAGAGGCAGGGGCAGACAUGCCACAUCAGUGAUCCAUUCUACUGAUAGUCGAACUGAUCAGUUUGGUCGCACAUUGAGGAGGUCAAAAUCAGGGUCAAGAAGUAGGGACAGGUCACCGGUGGAUAGAGAUGAGAGAAUAGUCCGGUCACCUAAAGAUGGCAGUAAAGAGGACAGGUUGAGAUUAGAGAGGACACCAAGUGACAGUUCUGACAAGCACACUGCAUCACAUGGAGGAAUUGAAGAGAUGGACAAUUCAGAUACAAAAGAUAAUGGCUUUUACUCACUGCCUCCUGAAUCCAUCAUUAAAGAGGAGUUUGUCUCGGAAGAGGAAAAAAUCCAAGAGGAUGCCUCUUUUCAUAGAACUGAAAUUGAUUCUCAUAUAAAAGAAGUUUCCAGUGACACUGGAUUCAGCCGCACAAAAGUAGAACAAGAAGCCAAAGAUCAUCAGAUCAGUGAUAUCAAGAAUGUGGAGGCCCUGGACGUGAAACCCAAACAAGAAGUCUCGGACAGUGUGAUGAGUUCAUCAGAAGAUGUCGACAUGCGCAUUCAACAGCAAGCAGUGACGGUGAAGAAGCUUGAUUCUGCAGACAAGGCAGCAGAGGACAUUGUCAGCUCUGUAGAUUCUCAGGCAGGCAUGAAGCGCCCAUAUCCGGAUUCUGUCGACAUGAAGCCAGAUCUCCGUCCAUACAAGAUACCCAAACUGGGAGCCAAGAAAGUGGAGGCCAAGCCCAACGAUAACCAAGAGGAUAUAAGAAAUCUGUUUGGUGAAGAAGAUGUGGAUUAUCGACAUCCUAUGUUGGCAGCACCAGUGCAAGCUCAGUCAUCCAUUUCUAAUCAGAACUUUCUUCCUCCCUCUGGGCUGAAUGUCAAAAGUCCAGCUCAACGACGAUGGAGUCAGUUCAAGGAGAGCCACCCUGAUGAUUUUGCCCAGGACAUGGAGCGCAAACGGCUGCGGGAUGCUCAGAUGCAGUCAAUGGCCAUCGACAACCAGGAUGUUGACUUGAGACCUCUGACUUCGUCCAGGCAGAGAUCCCUGCCUCUACCUUCCGGAGAUGUCGGUUUGCCUAUUCCAAAGGAUCUGUCUGUAGAGAAUCAAGAACAGAUCUUGCAGAGAGCUGAACAAGAAUUGAAGGAGGGGCGUAUCAGCCAUGGAGAUCAUCAAGAAAUUGUCCGUCAGCUGGGUCAGGUCUAUGAUAUUCAGAAGAAACGACACAACUUAGGAGAGCAGCCAUCACGGGCUUUGGAUUUGAGAGACCCUCGGCUGAGAGGGAUCAGAGAAACUAAAUCCCCAUACCAUGAUAUAGAUAGAAGAUUGCCAUAUCCUGAAGAUGUUGAGCCUCUCAGAAAAGAGCCACUGAGGUCUCGUUUGCCUGCACAGCCAGUGUCUGGAGAUUUGUCGGAGCAGCCCAGUGAAAAUUCGCCGCGGUACAGGGAGAAAAGAGAGAAUUAUCGAGCCAAUUAUGAGAUGAGUCCAAAUGAAGACUUUGAUGCCCGCCAGCACAUUCAUUCAAGACCUCGACACGAUCGCCAAAUGGAAUAUGAAAGACGUAGAGGCAUAGUUGAAGAUUUUGAUGGUAGAUCACCCAAAGAUAUGGAAUCAGCACAGCCACGUUCAGUGAGAGACUAUGAGAGGGCACCGAUAAGAUAUGCUGAUUAUGAUGGGAGACACUCUCGAGAUGUUGAGCGGAUGAGUGAGUUGUCUUCUCAUGAUAUUGAUGCAAGACAUCCACGCCGCAUUGAGGAGGAUCCGAGGAGUGAGUAUAGAAGUGAGAACUCAAGAGGUUCUUUUGAUGAGUACAGCCGACCUCACGUGCGAGGGCCUCCGAUGCGAGGGGACAUGCAUUCACAUGAUGUACGAGAGGAAAGGUUGGAUGAUGUGCACAGUCUGAGACGCAACACUCCGCCCUCUGAUGCACCAUUCAGAGGUCCCCCCAAGGAGGAUGUUGAAGGACAUCGACCUUUUGGGGCUUCAGGUCCCCCUGUUAGGGAAUCAUUUAUCAAUCAAGGACCCAGACUUGGUCCUGUUCAAGAUAUCAGAGGCCCGCUGCCUAACUUCCCCGGUGCUAUGGUGAGACCAGAGCAAAGGAUGCCAGCUCCAUUGGGGCCAAGACCACAAGCUCCAGGCCCUGUCCGACAGGCAUCAGGAACAUCUGAUCCCAUGGAUGAUCCUAGGUGGUCUGCCAUGAAGGGACUUUUAGAUAAUGAAGGAACAGAAGAACUUGUUAUCGAUGGGAAACCAUUUGAGUUACGCAUGGGCACUUCUCGAAAACUGCGUAUAUACGGGAAGGAUAUGGAUGUGGCCGUGGACAUGAAAGAGAGAGGGCUAAGAAUAGAUGGACAGCUGGUGUACAAGCUUGGUGAACCAAUCAAAGAGGUGCCAGCAGUUGGUAGAACAGUCAGACUGUAUUAUCACGGGCUGCCAAAGCCAAUCUGGCUGGAUGGGCAGCAGCACGAGAUGCGGGUGGAUGCUCCUCCCCGAAAUGUCAUGGUCGAUGGGGUUAGAAGAGGUUUCCAGAUUGACGGCAGGGACAUGAUGAUUCUUGUGGACAGGCUUGAAAAGGUCCUUAUGGGGGGCCUCCAAGAAAGAUCAGAAUAG